AACUAUACAUAUACAUAUACACAUACAUACACACUCACCGCCUAAAAGAACAUUAUAAAGCUCAAAAAAAGACCUUUAGAACCAGAAGCCAAAAACAAAACAACAAUGGUAAUGGCAAUCGCAUCUAAUCUCAUACUCCUUCCUCUCAAAUCUUCUCUCUCUCUUUCCCCUCUUUGCAAUAUCUCAACUCCCUCUUUUCCAUUUAACAAUAACAACCUCAGAACAACUACAACUACCACGAUUCUUGGAGCCAGUGGUUCAAGAAAGCACGGACCCGUUUCGGUUCGAGCCAUGACUUCUUCUUUUGGGUCUAGACUCGAAGAGAGCGUUAAGAAAACAGUGGAUGAAAACCCAGUUGUUGUUUAUUCAAAAACUUGGUGCUCGUAUUCAUCUGAGGUGAAAGCGUUGUUCAAGAAGCUUGGAGUGGAGCCAUUAGUUAUUGAGUUGGAUGAACUGGGUGCCCAAGGACCCCAGAUACAAAAGGUACUGGAAAGGCUUACUGGACAACACACUGUUCCAAAUGUAUUUAUAGUACCAAAAAGUUGAUUCCUAAAAGAAGUUCAUGAUGUGCCGGCGAAGGAUGAGUCAUGCAAAUUGGUACAAGUUCUAUUCUAGAAUGUAUUCGCUACUCGGAUUUUGAAGGCCUUUCUCCAAAACUUUUCCAGUUUCCGCUGAUAUAAUACGAGGGAUAUAGACAUAGAAAUCGAUUAGUUGACUUGUUGUCUAUACAUACAUCUCUGUCAAUGAGAUUAAAGAUUCUAUUAUAUAUAUGGAACAUAUAAUAUAAUAAUUUGUCUUGCAUCUCUAUCUUAUCCAACACCCCCUUUCUUUGUAACAGAUGUUUUUGUCUGAUGCAUUAUGCAACUUUAGUUCUUCUAUCUAUAUACUUUAUAUGCUCAAUGCUAA